CUCCGGUCGUUGUCGCCGGAGACGCGACGCGGGCAGAUCAUGGCUGAGUUCUUCCACAAAAGAAAGCAGCGUGAUGACGAAGUGCUGGGGAGUGCUGUGGACUUCCUCCUCGCCAAUGCACGUCUGGUGCUCGGUGUGGGUGGUGCUGCCAUACUGGGCAUUGCCACCUUGGCUGUGAAGCGGCUCAUCGAUAGGGCCACCAGCCCAAGAGAUGAGGAGGAUGUCAAGGGGGACACGACAUGCCUGGAGGAAAGCUGGAAAGAGCUGAGUCUACUCAAGGCCACACCACGCCUACAGCUCCGGUCCCCUCCUUCUGCCCUCAGCCAGUCCAGGCCGUGCCCAGCAACUCAGCCCUCAACCCCGAAGAAGUCCAGAAAUGCAGAUCCUCAAACCACCCCUCAUUUUAGCUCUCCAGCACCUCUGUGCCUGACACUGCAGGAGAAGCUGCUGGUGUUCGAGAGGGGCCACGCCAGCAUCCCCGUGGCCCAUGGUAAUCUGGCCAAACAGCUGGCUGGUGACAUAGCCCUGGAACUGCAAGCCUUCUUUCAGAGCAAAUUCCCAGAACUGCCUUUUGGGGCUCUUGUGCCCAGCGGGCCACUCUAUGAUGGGCUACAGGCAGGAGCUGCCGAUGAUGUGCGUAUCCUGGUACCACUGGUGCUAGAGCCAGGACUGUGGAGCCUGGUGCCUGGCCUGGACACUGUGGCCAGGGAUGCUCGCUGCUGGGCAGUACGCAGGACCCAGCUGGAGUUCCAGCCCCGGGGGAGCAGCCCCUGGGACCGUUUCCUAGUGGGUGGCUACCUCUCCUCCCGUGUCCUGCUGGAGCUGCUCCGCAAGGCUCUAGUUGCCUCUGUCAACUGGCCUGUCAUUGGCAGCCUUCUUGGGUGUCUGAUCCUGCCCAGUGUGGCCUCGGAGGAACUGCUGCUUGAAGUGCAGCACGAGUACUUGGAGCUCACUGUGGCGGUGCUCCUGGCCAUCACCAGUACUGACACAGAAGACCGUCUGCUUCUGGCCUGGCCACUGGAGGGGCUGGCCGGGAACCUCUGGCUCCAGGACUUGUACCCAGCAGAGGCCGCCAGGCUGCGGGCCCUGGAUGACCUUGAUGGUGGCAGUCGGCGGAGGCUGCUGCUGCUCUUGUGUGCCAUCUGCCGCCGCCACCCAGCCCUGGGGCGACUGGGCCGUGGCCACCUGAUCCAGGUGGUUCUGCGCCUGGGAGAAGAGAAGGUGAACUGGGCCGAAGAGGCCUUAGGGGAGCGCUUCCAACAGGCCCUGGAACUGCUCAUCACCAGCCUGGAGCAGGCUAGCCUGCCCUGCCACUUCAACCCCAGCGUCAACCUCCUGGGCAGCCUGCGCGAGGAGGAGAUAGACAACAUUGGCUAUGCGCUCUAUUGGGGCCUGCAGGCCCCUGAGGAACUACUAUAGAUGAGGCAAGCACCAGCAGUGAUCAUGCUGGUGAUCUGUGCACAUACAGUGGGGAUCUGGGGAGCAUCUGUUCUGCUUUAGCCAGAAUAAAAGGGGGAUGUGUUUUAGAAGCCAGGGUAUUAGCAUGUGCUUGAAACCCAGUUGCUAUAGCCCUGAGCUGGAGAGGCUGGGUUGCCAUCACGUGGUCAUACUUGGGCCACCUUCUGGAUAGCUCUAAGGGCUAGCCACUCACACAUGCUCCUCAGUGUCUGCUGACCUAUGAGCUGCUGACAGGACACAGCUUGGGGUAGGGCCAGCUCAGGUCUCCGUUAAGGUGAGUUAGUGCCUUCUUUGGGUGCCAGUUCUAGGUUUUCUGAGACUGGUGCUGCGUGACAAACACCAUAUGUGUCCCAUCCCCUGGGACUGGUCACCUGGCACCCAUGGCAUGCAGCUUUUCGGCCCACUCAGAGGCUGUUGUUUCUGGUGUCUCAUGUAUCUGUUAGCUCCUUCCUGGGGCCUAGAUGGACACUGAGCCUGAUCUGCUGCCCACCUUCUACCUCAGCGGGAAGCCCUUCUCCCUCCUGUGAAGCGAGUUUGCUCUCAUCAGCAGAGUUCCUUGGGUGAGUUCAUUGCCCAGAGCAGAGGGUGACAGACUUGCUGCUGGCUGUAGCAGGAAAGCAGAGACUGCGCCCAGAAACCAGGUGUGAGGCAUCAUAUCACGGUGCCAGCGCUAGCUGCUCAGCCACUGCCUGUGUCCUCACUGAAAUCUGACAGGAUUGGGGUGAUCAGGCUCCCUUUCCAGCAAGCUUUAUCAUCUUCAGUGUCCCUCCUGCUGAAGCAAAGCUACGCCCCAAAGAAUGUGAGCAAGAAUAAAGGAAAACUUCAAGCA